AUGACUCGUGUUAAUACAGAUCUCCCUAUGUGUAUGGGUAUGGAGGAUACGUCUGUAGGUAUACCUGGUACACAUCCAAUGAAGUCUUAUCUGUCAUUUACGAUGCUUUGCGAUAAUUUUAUCGACAAUACAAAAAUUGACGGGCUUGACUACACAGAUGAAAUGGAUUGUGAAAAAGAUUGGCCUUGUAACAAUAUAUAUACACUAUGUGAUGGAAAAUGGCAUUGCCGCAAUGCAAUCGAUGAAGCUAACUGUCCUUAUAAUCCAUGUCGUCCUAAUGGACAUCCUUGUAUAUUACCUUUUCAUCACAAUUUUACUUGUUUACCUCUCUCGCGAAUUAAUGACGGUCGUAUUGACUGUGUAGGUGGUUAUGAUGAACAAGAUCGCUGUGGAGCAAUGGGGGAACCAACUUUCGGUAAAACGUAUCGUUGCUUCAAUGAGACACAGUGCAUUCAUAUGUAUGAUAUAUGUGAUUCAAACGUACAAUAUUGUUCAUCAGGAGAUGACCAAGAUUUAUGGUGUAAAAAGAUAAAUUUAUCAGAUUAUGUAGAUCAUAGCGAUAUUUAUCAAAAACCACGCGGUUUCGAUUAUGAGUUCUAUCGGUAUCAACUAUUCGAGAGCCUAAACAGAAAUUCUUUUAUCUAUUUUACAUUGAAAAAUCAUCUUCUUUAUCCUCCCUCUCUUGGAACAGUUACCAACGAGUAUAAUACUACAGCAGCAACGGCUAUCGAAACGGUUGAUCUUUAUCCAUUUGAUUCCGUAUGGUAUUCGGAAUCGAAGAAUCAUGGUUUAAAUUCAAUUUGUAAUCGCGGAAUUCCUGUCUAUGUAAAUAAUUUCUCAGAAAUCUUUUGUUUAUGUCCUCCAGCUUAUUUCGGAUAUCGAUGUGAAUAUCAAAAUCAACGAAUUAGCCUAACAUUACAGUUUCGAACAGUGGAAUUUCGAACCGUAUUCACUUUUAUUAUUAUGCUGAUUGAUGACAAUACAACCAUUCAUUCUUCAGAACAACAUGAUUAUGUGUCCGUACGUGAUUGUUCAUUAGAUUCGAUUUGUAUUGGAGUUGUAAGCAAUCGAUCAAUAUGUGUUUGUCCUCUUGAUAAAUUUGGGCCACGUUGUUAUUUGAUGAGGACAAUUUGCGACUCCCAUCUAUGUUCUAAUAAUAGUCGAUGUAUCCCUCAUGAUGAGAAAAACUCUGGAAUGGAAUACUAUUGUCUUUGUUCUCAAGGUUACAUGGGUUCAAGAUGUGAAAAUCUCGAGACAAAAAUCGAAUUUCAUUUUGCUAAACGUGUAUCCAUUCCACAAACGAUUUUCUUUCAUUUUGUUUAUUUUCCACCAGAAUCUAACCAAUUGUCUACAAGAUCUGAUCCAAUACAAGUAACGACGAUGUCAAAAUUAAAGUUUGAUGAAAGCUCUACUAUUGUUUAUUAUGGAGGAGCAUUUCAUCUAGUAUUUGUAGAAUUUCAUCAACAAUAUUAUCUUGCUUUACUUCAAUAUAAUUUUACAUCAGUAAUUAAUACUUCAACAUCAAUUAUUCCUGAACAUCGAUGUUUAUCAAUCAAAGAUUUAUUCACUGAUGAUGUUCGAAACUUACCACGAUGGCAUCGUGCUAAAAAAUAUCAUAUUCCAUGUCAAAAACACUCAAAGCUUGUAUGUUUCUAUGAUAAAGAUUACUUUAUGUGUCUAUGUGAUAUUGAUCGAUAUCCAAAUUGUUUCAAAUUCGACUAUUCUUCUAUUUAUCGUUGUUUGGGAUAUAAUUAUUGUGAAAAUAAUGGUCAAUGUUUUCAAGACAAUAAUACUUGUCCAACAUCAUUGGCAUGUUUAUGCAAAGAAUGUUAUUAUGGAAGUCGAUGUCAAUUUACUACAACAGGUUUUGGCUUAUCACUCGAUGAUGUUCUUGGUUAUAAUAUUUGGCCAAAUGUUUCUUUCUUACGACAACCCACUGUAGUGAAAAUUACUACAGCUUUUACAGUAUUGAUGUUUGUCAUUGCUAUUAUCAAUGGUAUUUUAUCUAUCAUCACCUUUCAAACAAAACGAUCACUUGAAAUAGGUUCUGGUUUGUAUCUACUUACUUCAUCAAUUACAUCACUUAUAACAAUGACAUUAUUUACUGUUAAAUAUUUCUUACUUAUCUUUUCUCAAAUGUCAAUAAUUACUAAUUAUUCUUUUCUUUUAUCGCAUUGUGUAUGCAUAGACAUGCUUUUAAAAGCAUUUUCUGCAAUUGGAGAAUGGUUAAAUGCUUGUGUAAGCAUUGAACGAGCAUUAACAAUUCGACUUGGAGUCAAAUUCAAUAAAGUAAGAAGUAGAAAAGCAGCCAAAAGAGUAAUCUUUGGACUAUAUCUGUUCAUAUUGACAAGUUUUCUUCAUGAUCCAUUAAGUCGCCGUUUACUUGAAGAUUCAGAAGAACAACGUACAUGGUGUGUAGUUCGUUAUUCAUCACCUGUAAGACUUUACGCCUCAAUUAUCAAUUUCUUUCAUUUUCUUCUACCUCUUUGUAUCAACUUCUUCUCUAUUCUAUUGAUGAUUGUCUUAAUAGCUCGAAGAAAAUCGAAAACAACACAAGCACAAACACACAGAAAUCAUCUAUGGGAACAAUUUCAUUGACACAAACAUCGAUUAUUAAGUUCUUUCAUUUUAAUCAUCCUUGCUAUGCCACGUCUAAUCAUUUCGCUUCUUUCUACAUGUAUGAAAUCAGCUCGAAAUCCUUGGCUAUACCUUAGUGCUUAUUUUAUUUCAUUCAUUCCACCAUUACUUAUAUUCAUAAUCUUUAUUCUACCGUCUAAGUUCUAUAAAAAAGAAUUCUAUGAAACUAUUGUUCGUAUUAGAAGAAAAAUCGGAAACUGUUUUCGUCGCACAUAAUUAUUAUAAUCGCAAAUGAAUAGUCUUUUAAAUACUCUAAUUUAAAAAUAAAAAUUGAAAACCGUAUGCUUUUGUUGUAAUGGCUUUAUUCUGUGCUCAGUUGCAAUUUAAUUUUCAGAAAAAUAAACAGUUCUUUUUAAUGUCUAGAUACAGUUAUCAAGGUACGGAGAUAUGAAUAGAUCUAAGCAUAGAAAGAGAAAAUCUACUCUAACAUAAGAUACUGAUAUUGAAGUGAAGGUAUCCAUUCAGAUAACAAUCAUACCAUCUUUUUACUAAUAAUCCAAUAACUUUUUACUUAAUAUUAACACGAAGCACAACUUUCCUUCACUUACUUUUUCUUUAUAGAAUACAAAAAGUUAUCGAUAUAUCGUUUUUUUUUUGGAAUCUACUAAUAUCUACACUUUAGAUCCUCGUGUGAUUGACUUGUUUAGUGUUUGAUGCUUCAAUGAAAAGCUUCCUUUGAAUUGUAUCAUGUAGUUAUGAUUAUAAAUAUAACGUUUCUAAAAGUUAUUAUAAUUAUCAAAACGAACGUUAGAAACUUUGAAAACAAACCUAAUGACAUUUUUCAAUUACAAUUGGUGGUUUGAAAUUUAAAUCUUUCAGCUAUUAAUUUCGAAAUGAUGCUACUAAGUGGUAUCCUAUGAAUAGGUUUAUUGAAAUUUAUAUUUUCAUUUCAAUGAUAUUGAUGAAGGCUCAACUUUUUCUCUUUGAUAGCUGUCGAUAAGUAUUUUUUGAUACUAUUCAUCUUACAUAGGAUGAUAUCUUAUUUUUAUAUGCGAUAAUAAAUAAUACAUUGAACAGAGUAAAACAGACACUAUCUUUAAAGAUACAACUUAAUCAAAUGAAACAAUUGAAGAAAAGGUUUGAACUGACCAGUAUAGAUCGGUUGAAUUUGACAGUUUCUCAAUAUGUUUGAAUAUCAAAAUCACAAAAAAUCAAAGAGAAAAUUGGUAAUCAUUUGAAAAUAUUUACUGUUCUAAUUUUUGUGAAACACGAUCUAAAAGGAGUGUUGAAGUGUUUAGGGGUAGAAAUUUGGACCCACUCCCCCCCGCCCCCCCCACCCCCCACAGACCGUGACAGAGAAAAUUCAUAUCUUAAUUAACUAAUUAAUAACUAUAUAAUUAACUAAUUAAUAACUACAUAAUUAUUAAUUAACUAAUUAAUAAGGGUGUGGGUGUGGGUGUGGGUGUGGGUGUGGGUGUGGGUGUGUGGGUGUGGGUGUGGGUGUGGGUGUGGGUGUGGGUGUGGGUGUGGGUGUGGGGGUGGGUAUGUGGGUGUGGGUGGGGGUGUUGGUGUGGGGGUGGGUGGGUGUGGGUGUGGGUGUGGGUGUGGGUGUGGGUGUGGGUGUGGGUGUGGGUGUGGGUGUGGGUGUGGGUGUGGGUAUGGAUGUUGAUGUGGGUGUGGUUGCGGGUCCGUAGAUGGAAAUAACACCCAUACCCCACCCCCACCCACACACACCCACACCCA